AUGUCUUCGACGGCAAUUUGGGCUCUUGGUAUUUUGAUCUGUCUUGCCGUGGUGGUGGCGGUGCCGUGGACCAAUGUCACGGUCAAGGGGACGGUCAUCUGCGAGGGGAGGCGGAUGAAGAACGUCCUCGUCGAGCUGUAUGAUCGCGAUUUUUUCAGCUACAACGACAAACUCGCUGAAAUGCUCACCGCCAAGGACGGAAACUUUUUGGUGAGUGGCGGGGAGUACGAGCGUGGUAUCGAGCCCUUCCUGCUCCUCCACCACAACUGUCUGGCGCCAAAGAACUGCUCAAAAGUCGUGAGAUACCACGUUCCGCAGGAAUAUGUCCACAGCACGUACGAGAUGUCGUUCAUACCGCUUGAUCUCUAUCAAGACGACGAAAAAACGAUCUGUCGUCGGCGAAAAGAGGACGGAACCCAAGGCGGCUACGACUAUUUCGUUGCCCUG